CCCUAACCGGGCUCCCCUGGCACCCUCUCCCCCCCAGCCUGCCGCCCCCUAACCGGGCUCCCCUGGCACCCUCUCCCCCCCAGCCUGCCGCCCCCUAACCGGGCUCCCCUGGCACCCUCUCCCCCCCAGCCUGCUGCCCCCUAACCGGGGCUCCCCUGGCACCCUCUCCCCCCCCAGCCUGCCGCCCCCUAACCGGGCUCCCCGGCACCUCCUGUCCCCAGUCUGCUGCCCCUACUUUAGACCUCAGUUCCCCGCCUCUACGCUCCGCUGCCCCCCAAUUUGGCUCCCGCCCCCCUAGUGGCGCUGCUACCCCUCCCCAUCCCAGCUUGGCUGCCACCGCCCCCCUGCCCUGGGCGCUGCUGCCGGGGAGCGACCUGAGCGGAGCUGCCGGCGGCCGGGACUUAGCCGGACUCCCAGCAGCGGAUCGGGACGGCCCCCAGCUCUGCCCCCCGCCACAGCGCCCGCUGCCCGCCAUGGACGGGCCGGCUUGGAGCGGGGUCCUGGCCGCGCUGGUGGCUUGCUGGCUGGCGAUGGGCGCCGGGGGCUCCCCGACGCCGCCACCCACCGCGGGGGGCGCCCCCCAGGACACCUGCACGUCCUGCGGCUUCCGGCGGCCAGAGGAGCCGGGCAAGGUGGACGGGGAUUUCCUGGAGGCGGUGAAGCGGCACAUCCUGAGCCGGCUGCAGCUGCGGGACCGGCCCAACAUCACCCACGCCGUGCCCAAGGCGGCCAUGGUCACGGCGCUGCGCAAGCUGCACGCCGGCAAGGUGCGGGAGGACGGCCGGGUGGAGAUCCCCAGCCUGGACGGGCAGGCGAGCGGCGGGCCCCCGCUGCACGAGCAAGUGUCCGAGAUCAUCAGCUUCGCCGAGACAGAUGAUAUGGCCUCGUCUAGAGUCCGCCUCUAUUUCUUCAUCUCAAAUGAAGGGAACCAGAACUUGUUUGUCGUUCAAGCCAGCCUGUGGCUUUACUUGAAGCUGCUUCCGUAUGUCUUAGAGAAAGGCAGCAGGCGAAAAGUAAAAGUCAAAAUCUAUUUCCAAGACCUGGACACUAGCAACAAGUGGAAUGUGGUCGAAAAGAAAGUUGAUCUCAAAAGAAGUGGUUGGCACACUUUUCCCAUGACCGAGGUGAUCCAGGCUCUGUUUGAGAAAGGAGAAAGGAGACUGAACCUGGAUGUUCAGUGUGAGGGCUGUGAAGAGUAUUCAGUGCUGCCAAUUUAUGUGGACCCUGGGGAGGAAUCCCACCGUCCUUUUUUAGUAGUGCAAGCCCGGUUAGCUGAUAACAAACACAGGAUCCGGAAAAGAGGCCUGGAGUGUGAUGGCAGGACCAAUCUAUGUUGCAGGCAACAGUUUUACAUUGACUUUAGACUCAUUGGGUGGAAUGACUGGAUCAUAGCGCCAUCAGGUUACUAUGGGAAUUACUGUGAAGGGAGCUGCCCAGCCUACUUGGCUGGAGUCCCAGGAUCAGCUUCCUCUUUUCACACUGCGGUAGUGAAUCAGUACCGCAUGCGAGGGCUGAACCCAGGCACCGUGAACUCCUGUUGCAUUCCAACCAAACUUAGCACAAUGUCAAUGCUGUACUUUGACGAUGAAUACAACAUUGUGAAAAGGGACGUUCCUAAUAUGAUUGUGGAAGAAUGUGGUUGUGCUUGAUUUAAGGUGUGUUUCGGGGGGGAGAAAGAGAACAUUCCCAUACUAGAUGGUGUUGGAGGAAGUUUCACUGUGUAUCCAGGCAUCGGUGUUAAGUCACUGUGGAAAAGUCUGGCAAAAAAAAAAAGUUUCACAUCGGUGUCAGGACAGUGGCAGUUUGUGGAUCUUGGAUAUUUAAAUAUUCUACCACUUGUAAACUAAUGCUAUGAAAUACUUUAAACACACCUACACCCACACACACACA